UUCAACAUUAAGACACUUAACCCUAAUAAAUAAUUGAAUUAACUAAUCAUUUAAAUUUAUUUAUUAUUGUUAAUUUAAAUUAUCAACAAUGGCAUCGAAAAAACCAUCAGAACCAAGUUCAUUAUUUGGUAAUAUUAAAAUAAAAGAAGAACCAGGAACAUCAUCUGCAUCAUCAUCAUCACAAAUGAAUAAUAUUGUUGGAACAGGAAGAUUAAAAAGUUUUGUACAUAAUCGUGAUUUAAAUCUUAUAACUGUUAAAACAGAAAAACCAACAAGAAAAACAGUUGGUCCAAAUGUUGCAAAUUAUCAAAGAAAAAAAAAAGAAGAUGUUGUUGUUAAACAAGAACCAAUUAAAGUACGUAAAGAACGUAAAGCACCUGUGGAGCGUGUUCGAGGUCGUGGAAAAAAUCAAACAGUGAGUCUUGGUGUUGCAACUGAAGCAUCAUCAUUAAGUGAAUCACGUCGUUCAAGUAAUCGAGGUGGUGGUGGAGGUAGUGGUGGUGAUAGAGAAUCACGAGCAUCAAUUAUCAAGCCAACAGUUGACAUAAAACAAGCUAUUAACACAAAAGCUGAUGAAGAAGUAUUAAAAUCAAUUUAUAAAGAUGAUUUUAUUGAUGAUGGUGAUGAUGGAUAUGCUGGUGAUUCACCAUAUACAUUACCUGUUAUUUCAAAAGCUCAGUUAGAAGUUAAAACUGAUCCAAAUUUGACAGAUAAAGAUGUUGCAAUUAAAAAAGAAAAUAAAGUUGAUGAAAAACCAGUAAUAUCAGAAAAUGGUCAUGUUGAAAGUAAAAAAUUACUUAAAAAUAAACCAUUAGAAAAAAAAAAAGUUGUUGAAGAUUUACCAGCAAUAAAUCCAGCAAGUUUAUUUGAAAAUAAUAGUGAAAAACAAUUGAAUGAAUAUUUACUAAUUGAGCUGCCAGAUUGUAUGCCAGGAUUUAAAAAAGACGAUGAUGAUGAAAAUUUCAGCAAGGAUAGUAAAAAUUUAAAGAAAGAAAGUGAAAAAUCAUCAGCAGAAAAUGAUGAUAAUAGUAAAAAAAAUGAUUAUUGUAAAUUAAAUAGUUUAAAAGAAGGAUUAAUUGGAAAAAUACAAAUUCAUAAAUCUGGAAAAGCAUAUUUAAAAGUUGGUAAUAAUACAUUGCAUAUUGAUAUUGCAUUAAAGCGUUGUUUUCGUCAGGAUCUUAUUGCUGCUAAAUUGGAAAAUAAUAAAAAUAAUCUCAUUAAUCUUGGAUCAAUUUCUAAUACACUUAAUUGUACACCAUCCUGGGAAUCAAUGCUAGCAAAUGUAUGAAAAAACAAAAUUAUUAAUAAUUAAUUUUCAUGUACAUCUUCAUUUUCACACAACAUACACGAUAAUAAAAAAUAUAUUAAAAA